CGUGCAGUAGCUGAAUUCCGCGAGCCUGUCGUUGCCCGAGUCCAGGCGAGGGGUUGCAUGGGGGGAAUAUGGCGGCCAUAUCCCCACCGGAGUCUUCGGAGCGACACAACUCCCAGGCGGAGGAAGUGCAAAUAUCCGGGGCCGGGACGGACCCCGAAAAACUUGAAAGCACCUCCGAGGAGAGGGAAGAAAGCUCAUUCCACCCACCGCGGGAAGCUCGUAGUAGCGGGCUCAGCGGGAACGGCGCUUCCUCGCCCGGCCAUUCUGAGGUUAUUGAGUCGGGGGCUGGAGGCGACCAAACAUGUAAUUCAUCGGAGCCAAAAAUGGCCGAGUCACCGGGAGACGAGCAGCGGCCCUUGGACUGCCCCGAAGACGACGGUCAAGAAGAGGCUGACUCCCACGCGGAAGAAAAUAUUCCACAGACUACAGCUAAAGGUCUUCCCGGCGCAGAGGAGCUUCACGAGAAGGUCGGCGGACCGAGCUCGGUGAAAGGACCGUCCGAGAACCCGGCAGAAGAUGCGGGCUCGAUAGAGUACGUGGUGGAAGACCACGGCCGGGGCGACAAAGGGCGCGACGCCGGUUCGGCGCCCAAGCCGAAAAAGAGUCGCAUGGUCUGCAAGGAGUGUGGAAUAUCGUUCUCCCGCCGUGAGAUGUUCUACCUUCAUCGCCACAAUCACGUGCGCAAGGAUGAGAUUGUUCCCCUCACCUGUAAAGUGUGCGGCGUUUCCUUUAAGGACCGCCGCAGCCUCAUGAAGCACAAACACGUGCAUAAGGAGGAGGAGGAGGAAGAGGAAGAGGAGCCGGAGGCGACGUCAACGUUGGAUGAGGAUGAUCGUUUCCAGUGUGCGGAGUGUGACAAGGUUUUCCCCACGGUGCAAAAACUGCGCGUCCACCAAUGCAACGAGACCGACGAGAAGCCUUACCACUGUUCGCUGUGCCGCAAAGAGUUCCAGUUACGGUGCUCCGUGGCCAUGCACAUGCUGACCCACUCGGAAGAGGACAGCUGGACGUGCGAGGAGUGCGGUCGCAGGUUCCGGGACUACAAGAGGUUGCGCUGCCACCAGCGAUGCCAUCCGGUCCUAAAACCCUACGAAUGCCCGGAGUGCGGCAUGGCCUUCAGAUACAGUUCCGUCAUGGAAGACCACCGGCGCAAGCACAGCGACCAGCUACGCUCUUACCUAUGUACCGUGUGCGGUAAAACCUUCAAGUACAGCAGUCUCCUUCAACAGCAUCAGUAUCUUCACACCGGUGAGAAGCCCUUCCGCUGUCCCGAAUGUGGUAAGAAAUUUGCCUUUGCUCAAAAUAUGAGGGCACACUGUCGCCAACAUAGACUGCACCGAGCCAACCCUCUUCCCUCUACCGAGCAGCCCAGCGAGCAGACCCCGGCGCAGGCGGAGCAACGGAACGAGAACGCGCACCAGAGUGACGGACCGAAACGCACUUUUAACUGUCCCCUCUGUCCCCAGACCUGCAGCUCGCCAGCCGCCCUGAGAUCCCACAUGCAUAUUCACGAGGUGGAGUAUGAGUCACAGGAGAGAAGAUUCCAGGCGCCCCCAGAGAUUAAAAAGGUUUGGGACAAAGGGUACACCUGUCCGCAUUGCCCGUGUACUUACCGCGACGAGAUAAGUUUACGAUUGCACAUAUUUAAAACCCAUAAGAACGUAGCGCAGGAUUGGAACAAGGUGUCGAUUUCCCCGCAAAAAGAGCCGAGCCCCGCAGCCGGUGAAAACGCGCCGGCGAAAUUCAGAGACGACGACGACGUCGGUCUUAAGCCGUACAAGUGCAGCGAGUGCGGGAAAAUGUUCCGGCAUCGCUCGGUCUUAGAUCUGCACAUGCGCAUACAUUCCAAGGACAAGCCGUACCAGUGCAACGUGUGCGGGAAAGGCUUUCGAUUCAGCAGCUACUUGCAGCAACACAUCAUCAUCCACUCGGGCCAGAAGCCUCACAAGUGUCCCGACUGCGGGAAGGAUUUUGCUUUCCUGCAGAACAUGAGAACGCACCUCAAGCUGCAUCAGGAAAAACCCUUCCGCUGCACCAGCUGCCGCAAAGGCUACAGCGACGAGACUCAACUGCAGCACCACAUGCUCUCCCAUAACGGCGACAAGCCCCACAAGUGUAACCUCUGCGAGAAGAGCUUCGGCUUGGCGUACCUGCUCCGCGACCACCUCAACACGCACACGGGAGAGCGACCCCAUCACUGCGCCGAGUGCGGCAAAUCUUUCUCCUGGUUGAGCAGCUUGUUAGUCCACCAGAAGAUCCACACUCGCAAGAAUUUCAGUCCAGUGAAUUCUGUCCCCGCUGGCGGAAGGACAAGAGGCAGAGGGAGCCGAGGAAGGAGAGGGGGGAGGCUGAUGUGGGGCAUGUCUCGAACUGUAGGGAGGCCCCCCCUUUAUACCAAUUCGGGGGACCUGCCGCAAUCUUCCAUGAUCGCGUCACAAGAGGACUUUCAAGUGCGGAUGCAGAAAGUCUUGCUUUCCGAACUACAACCUCCACCUGUCCAGUGGGAGGUGGAUGGCGACGGGGUCCUACCGGUCCCGUCAUCGCACCAGCCGGAGACGUUUGACAGCCGGCACAGUCGAGAGACCGUGUCCUCCGUCGUGGGCUCCCCUCAGACAGCCGGCCCCUCGGGAAUCGACGAGAUUCCGAAACGCGGCCGCCCCGCGACGUCGACUUCCUACGGUUCUCGGUACCGCGAAGCUCGCGCGACGCCGUCCUUCGCGGACGGCGCGGCGUUGUGGAGCGGCCAAGCUUCCCUGCUGAGCCACCCGAAUAAGGUCGGCCCGGAGCUUCAGUCGCCGAGAUGGCCGAAACAGGAGACGUUCGUGCUUCCCGUGAAAAAGGACGCCAAAGUGUGGGAUCCUCAAGCAAUACCGUUGACUGUUAGCCAGCCCGACAAGCUCUGGACGGAAAGUGAGUCGCAAAAGCCGAGGCCCUCGGGUGCGGCGAGCGCGCCGUCCUCGGCUCAACUAGACCAAAGCAUCUCCAUCCCAGCAUCCGCCGCUGUUGCCCAUGGGCUAGCCAGCACUUUGUGGGGCAUUCAAGCGCCAUUGGGGUCUUCGAACACGCUAACCUCCCCUCAGACACUCGUGAACAGUCAAGACUUCCAGGUUCAGCAGAAGCAGGUGGCCGCUGCUUGGGCCAACGUGCGGAAUCCGACCGCUGCGCAGAAACUUCCCAUCUCGAUCAAUCCCUUCCCCCAAGCCGUCGGCACGACGGUCUGGGGCUUCCAAAACAACCCCGUGGGCCCUCAGGUGCUUUUCGCCGGGCAGCUCAAGCCGGGGAGCGGUCAGGACCCGCAGCAGCAACCCGUGGUCACGGCCAAUCAGAUCAUCCUGAACCAGCCGUCGCCGUUCUUCUCCCCGGCGCUGGCCGCCCUCCCGACGCUGACCCUGCCGGCUUCGCACUCCCUACACACCGUCUCGGUCGGCGCGCUCUCCAGGCCGCCGCUCCCGAACAUUUUCUUCACGCCGCAGGCCGUCCUGACCGACAGGCCCCCCCUCCCGCAAACCUCGGCCCUACCUCAGCUCGUCCCGCAGGCCGAGGCGCACAAACUCGGGGUCCGUUUGCCUUUCGCCCCCAAGCGGCUCUUUCAGUGCAUGGUCUGCGGCUGCUCUUUCCAACGGGAAUUGGACCUGCAGCUGCAUUACUUGCAGCAUGCGCAAGGGGAGGUUUGACACGGCGACGGUAGCAGCGCAACUUUUUUUCUAUUCUGUUGAACCUCAUUUUGCUCUGAUGCUGGCUUGUGCAUUUUGACCAGUUUUGGGCAUUAGAAGCCACCCCAAAAAAAAAUUUUUUUUUUUUUUUUUAAAUUGUACAAUUUAACUCUAAAUAAGACUACAAAUCAUUUUCUUUUGUGUGCGUGUGUAUAGUUUCACUUAAAAAAAAAUGCUUUUAAUAUGUGGUGUGAACGACUUCUAAAGGGUGCGGACCGAUCGAGCAUUUCAUCAACUGCCGAUAACCCGAUUUAAAAAAAAAAAAAAAAAAAAAAAAAAAUGUUUUAAUUUGUACGUUCUCGGUCCGGUGCGGAAUAAUCUGAAAGGUUUAUUUCAUGUACAGUAUACUGCGUGCCUUUGAAUCCGGUCUGCAUGUCUGCUUUGUUGGUUAUUCUAGGCCUAGUUCAGUAGUAAAAGUAGACGGAACAAUUAUGUCAUGGGAGUAAACAUAUGCACUGAAACGGUGUAUAUUGAAAUCAUGAAUAUUAUGGAAGAUAUCGGCUAAGGAAAGUCUGCACACCCCCGGUUCAAAUGCGAGGUUUUGCGUACGAAUCAGAUCAAAGCAAAAGUUUCAUAUUUAUUUCUCCUAUUUUUUAUAAUCUACUGUCUGUGUUGAAGUAGAUUAGUGCCGCCAAGAUUUGAAUUUGAAGAAUUUGAAAUGUAAAGUGAUGACAUUUUCAAUAGUUGCUACAAUUCGCUGUCUGAAAUUCACCGUCAGUGCCACCAGGGGGGGUUACUUCAGGUCAGAACUGAACAACCAGCCAAUCGCAGUGAGGCUUUCUUAGUCACGUGAUGUCACAUAAUAAGAAAGCGUAACUGUGAUUGGCUGGAUGUUCGGUGCUGACCUGAAGUAACCCUGCCUGGUAGCACAGAUGGUGAAUUUUAGACACUGAAUUGUAGCCAGUUGAAUUAACGGCGGCACGGUGGCCUCGGAGUUCUGAGGUCCCGGGUUCAAUCCCAGACCCGCCUGUGUGGACUUUGCAUGUUCUCCCCCGUGCCUGCAUGGGUUUUUCUCCGGGCACUCCGGUUUCCUCCUACAUCCCAAAAACAUGCAACAUUACUUGGACACUCCAAAUUGCCCCUAGGUAUGAUUGUGAGUCCGACUGCUUGUCUCGAUGUGCCCUGCAAUUGGCUGGCGACCAGUUCAGGGUGUACCCCGCCUCCUGCCCGUUGACAGCUGGGAUAGGCCCCGGCACUCCCCUGCGACCCUCGUGAGGAUAAGCGGCGAAGAAAAUGGAUUAAUGGAUAAAUUGCCCCUAGGUGUGAUUGUGAGUGUAACUGUUUGUCUCAAUGUGCCCUGCGAUUGGCUGGCGACCAGUUCAGGGUGUACCCCGCCUCCUGCCCAUUGACAGCUGGGAUAGGCUCCAGCACUACCCUGCGACCCUCAUGAGGAUAAGCGGCAAAGAAAAUGGAUGAAUUGCCCCUAGGUGUGAUUGUGAGUGCGACUGCUUGUCUCUAUGUGCCCUGCGAUUGGCUGGCGACCAGUUCAGUGUGUACCCCGCCUCCUGCCGCGUUGACAGCCGGGAUAGGCUGCGGCACUCCCCCGUGAACCUUGUGAGGAUAAGCGGCGAAGAAAGUGGAUGAAUUAACAUUGAAAAGUUACACUGGAAUACAACUAUGAAAUGUGAUCACUUUACAUUUCAAAUUCAAAUCCCGGGGGUACUAAUGUACUUCUAUAUUCCCGUGCAGUUGGAUUUGAACGUUUUCUUGAGUUAAAAAAAAAAAAAAAAAUUGCAGCUUUACAAGUGUGUGGACAAAUUUACAGCUGUGUUCAGAAUUAAUCACAUUCAUACUCAAAUGAGAAUUUGAACUGCCGCCCUUUGAAGUCUUGAUUUGUCCCCAAUAAAGUUCGAGUCGGCUUUUCUUUAUUUUUCUUUGUAGCACAAGCCUGAACAUUUUUUUUUUUUUUUUUUGUAAACACUGACUGAUAUUUUGAAAUUGUUGAUCAUUGUUUCUACCUUCAGGCCCCAGUUCCGGCUCCAAAAUAUGUAUCCCACCACCAUACUUCACUUAAAUGUAUUCUGUUCUUUAGGUAAUGAGCAUUUUCAUGUUAUUAUGGUGCUGUAUUUUCUGCCUCGGAAAUGAUUUUGGACUUUUGUUCCGAAUUAUUCAUUUGAAUAAUGAGAUCCCUGUGAUGAUGUGGAAAUUCUGCAGAAUGUGCCCUACUAGAACAUUUGAAUCAUAUCCAAAGCUAAAUGGUAAAAUGUACGUGUUUUGUGAUGAAUGAACACAGCUGUAGUUGUAAUAUUUGUGCAACCACAUUUUAUUAUUUACUCGCGCUUUCAGAAUUAUUUUCUCUCUUAAUUUUAAGGCUGCGUCAGUGUUUUUAAAUUAUCUUGGUCUCACUUUUUCAUAUAUAUAUUUAUCAAAAACCUGGCAUUUGAACCAGUGAGUAAACUUUUUUUUUUUACUUUAUAAAGUUGUCAUAAAUUAUGUAACUGUCAAUCUUUACUGAGAAUAAGGACCUUUUAAAUUUUAAAUUAUUUUUUAUUCAGCAUUAAUUUGUGCAAAUAAGUCUUCUCAUUCACCCAGCCAGUGAUCCACUUUUUCUGUUCAGGUUCAUUGGUGAAUUAGUCACCCUUGCUGUAUCAUGUAAUAAUUAAAAAAAAAAACCUUGUAAAAUUUGUACAUCACAACAUCCAACAACAUUAUUAAAGGAAAAAAAAUCA